AUUGUGCUUGCCUAGGGAGCACUUCCAGGACCAGCUAUGUCCCAUCGCCUAACCAAAGAGGAGCUGGACGACCAGUUUGAACAGUUUCUGAAAGAGUCUCUUUCAGAUGAUUCAUUUGACAGUAACAAAAAGUCAAUGGUACUAGAAAAUCUUGGAAAGCCCAUCGUAAAAAGGAACAAGAAAAAAGAUACACCUCCCUGGUGGGCUGCUGACGAUGAUUCUGAGGAUGGAGACCUGGUUAUAACAAGCCGCAGCUUCCGAAAAUCUCAAAGCACUUCUCAGCCUAUUGAAGAGGUAGAAGAAGAAAAUCAAAUUGAUGAAUUGCAGCAAUCAACACAAGAUUAUCUGAUCACAUCCAUGGAGAAGGACAGCUUGGAAAUUGAUGAAUCUGUUAUGGCCUAUGGACCUAAUAAAAGCACCAACGGAGUUGGCUUGGACACUUUAGAAGAACAAGAAGAAAAGGAAAAUUUCUUCGCCAGGCUUGAGAAGGGUGCUUCAUCCACUAUUGAUUAUUCCAGAUUAAAUAAGGAGUUGGACUCUACUGAUUCAACACAGCUUACAGCCUUAAUAUGUAACAAUGAAACUCCCAAAACAGCGGAUGAGGGAAUGAAAGAACUGUCAGAAAAUUACAGCGAAGACUUUGAAGAUGACCCUGAAGCUCUAAGCCCAAUUGCCAGAAAUUUAGAAGAACAUGAUGGUCUGGAAGACCAUAGAAAGGAAGAAGAAAAUCAUGGAAUGCUUGCCAAAGUCAUGCUUGACUCGAUGGAUUCCACAAUUGACACUCAAAAGCUUUUACAACAAACUCAAGAAGACCCUGUAUCAGUUACACCGCAAGAGACCAAUGAGGCCAUUGGCACAGGUAUAUCAAACCAAUACACAAAUAGUGAAAUGGAAGCUUUGCAUCUAGUGUAUCAAAACCUAAACCAGUUAGCAGAGGACACUGAUGAGCAGAAAAGUAAUCUGAAAGCUACAAGCCAUACAAGUACAUCUUUUGUAGAUACUGCUGAUUUAACAGGAAAGAGCUUGCAAAAGAUACCCACUGGUGAAUCAGAUAUGUCUACAGUGGAUGAACUGAUGCAACCUUUCCGGGGAGACCAAUGCUUUGAUGUGAAGUCUUUAAAGCAAAGUGAGAACAAAGAGCCUGGAUCAGUGGGCAAAAAUCUCAAGGGUGUACUUGGAGAGAAUGAAAACAAAAUCUAUUUGCAGGAAUGGCACAGUGGAAAAUCAGAAUUAAGAGAGAGUUUUUCAGUGCCUGAGUUUGAUCCUCAGCAUGACAAUAAUAAGAAUGUGACUCAGAACAGUGAAAGUCAGCAACAGCUUGCAGCCUCCAAAGAACCAGGUCAACCUGAACGUUUUACUAUGCACCAAAGAGAAAGAAGUGGUCAUGUUGUAAACUAUGGAAAUUAUCCAGUUCAAAACAAGACUACUUCAGGUCUGCUGUAUAACAAACACUCAAACAAAACAGUUAAGAGUCCAACGUCUGUUUUAAAGAAAGGUCAAAAUGCCCAAUAUGCCUUUGUAAAAAGCUCUGGUUAUGGAAAGACCAGCACUGCAACAAAACCAUCCUCUGCUCCUGAAUCUUUUCAGUCUAAGACAUACGUUUGGCAUAAAAAGGAGAAGUCGCCUAUUAGGAAGCAGCAAAGAGACCUAUUAUCCGAUACGAGAACUAUAAGGUUUGCAGAAGAUGUUGGUUUUCCAGAGGACUCAAGAACAAGUAAUGCACAGAUGCUUGACCAGAGCACUACUCAAGGGCAUUCGGACUCUCAAGGGAUCAGUAGGCCUGUUAGCUCAUAUGAAAUCACCUCAGAAAACGAGUCUGCCAUGCAUUAUUCUAAUUUGAUUGGAAGAGACCUGACUGUACUUCAGAGGCUUCAGAAUGUAGAAGAGAAAUUAAAUGCCGAACGCGGGCAAGACUUUUCGCGAAAAGAGGAGGAAUUUAAACUAGAGACACAUGGCAUGAAGGCAAAGUAUGAGGAGGAAAUCAAACAGCUGAAGCAGGAAAAUUAUAAACUUGAAGCAAAGCUACAUGCUGAAGAAGAGAAAUUUAGGAAGAGGAAUCUGUUGGGUGAUAAAAAUAAUCCUGCAACAGAGGAGAAACUGCAGCCUAUAAGACAGGAAAUAGAGGAACAGGAGACACUUCUUAAAGGAUAUCAGCAAGAAAAUGAAAGGCUGUAUCAACAAGUCAAGGAACUCCAACUUAAAAACAAGGAAAAUGAGGGCCAUAUGUUUAAGGAAAAUCAGGCACUCAAGGCAAAUCUAAUUUCCUUAAGAGAAAAAUUAAAUGGCAAUGCAAAAAGUAAUCAAUAUGCACCCUCUGGAAAUGAAUCCAAUAACCAGGGAUUUACAGAGCUGAUUGCUGAGCUGCGCACCCUUCGGAAAAGAGAGACCAGCUUGCUUGAUGAUAUAGCCAGGUGUAAACAGGAGAAACAGGCUGUGGAAGUAGAUCUGGUGCAGUUGAAGAAAGAACGUGAUUUUCUGAAAACCCAGGUCUCCAGCACCUCAGAUGAAAAAUCUUAUGCAAUAAAGAUGAUGGAGGAAAGUUAUAAGCAGGAAAUCAGCCGACUGAAUAAAAGACUCCAGUGGUUUGCAGAGAACCAAGAAAUGUUGGAUAAAGAUGCUGCAAGGCUUAGAGAUGCUUAUGAACAAAUAGAAAAGCUAAAGUCUCAGGUUGAAAAGCUAACGCAGAAUGCUGGAAAUCAGUCUGUGCAGCAGCAGCAACGACUAAAGGACAGAUCUGCUGAUGCAAAACGCAUUCAAGAUCUUGAGCGACAGGUGAAAGAAAUGGAAGGAAUUAUAAAGAGAAGACACCCUAACUCCAUACCAGCAAUCAUGUAUGCAGCAGCCGCAGCUUCUGAGACAGACAGCUCAGCCAAAAGUAGCACUGUCUCCUUUUUAGAAAGACGAAUACAAAAAUUAGAAUCCGAUCUUGAGAGCAAGGAUGAAGAAGCAAAGAAGAGUCUGCGUAGCAUGGAGCAGCAAUUUCAAAAAGUCAAGAUUCAAUAUGAGAGUCGGAUCAAUGAGCUUGAAGAAUUACUUGCUCAGAAAGCUCUAAAUGAGCCACAAAAUUGCGUGGAUAGUACAAUAAAAGUGAAAGCACUUGAGCAAGAGCUUUCCAUAUUUAAGGAAGCUCACCAUAUUACAGUAAUGAAUCUGCAAAAAGAAUUAGAGACCUUCAAGGAGAAGAAUUCCAUUUUAGAGCAUAAAGGUAAUGCUAAAUUUGAUGAAAUGACAGAGCAAAGCAAACUGACAAGACUUAACAAAGAACUUACAGCUAAACAUAAAGAGAUUCAAGAGCUUUCAAAAACUGUGGAGCGACUUCAGAAGGAAAGGAUGCUCAUGCUCUCCAGCAAACGGCAAGAAAGCAGCUCCAGUGCUAGAAGCAAACACUUGGGGGCCACCAAAGCAGAGGCCAUUCCUCCCUUAAAAGGCAAUACCCUAGAGACUGAAAGCUUUCCUGCAAUGCUAGAUGAAAAGCUGUAUCAGCCAGACACAUUUGCUGAUUUUCACAUUUCUGAUCUGCAACAAGAAAAUGAAAGAUUACAAGCUGAAGUCCACAAGUUGUCUCAGGAAAUCAACCAGCAAAAUAUCAAGUAUGAAACUGUUCAGGCACGUGGAGAAGAUGCCACGAAAAGAUUAAAAGAGGAAAAUGCUGAGCAAAUUGCAGCACUUAAGAAUUUACACCAGAGGAACAUGGAAAAGCUAAUCUGUCAGCAUGCCAUAGAACAUUCAUCAUCUAGAGUUGCUGAACUAAGUAGCAAAACCUCGACACAAGAGAUCCUGAUAAAGCAUCUUCAAAAGCAAGUUAGUGAGCUGCAGAAGGAUAGAGAAUUGUUGGCUGUUCUCCACAUUCGAGAGGAAACACUGCAAAAUGAGGUUACAAAACUUCUGGAUGAACUUAAGACAGCUAGAGAAUGUCACACACCAGAAAUGAGGCACUAUUUAACCCUGGAAAGCAAAAUUAAGUACAUGGAAAUGAGACAUUCACAACGAGAGCAGGAGCUCCAGCAGGUAAUACAGCAAACAAGGCAUGCUGCGGAAAGUGUACAAACCAGAGAAACAUACAAGUGGAAGAAGCUUGUGCAGCAGAAGAAUAUGGAGCUAGAGAAGUUCAGAUCAGAGUUAGAUGCAAUACUGGAUGUUCUCCGUGUGUUACAGAGACAGGGAAUUGUUAUUCCCACAACAACAUCUGAAGGCUCUGAAGUGUAUUGGAGAACAUAAAUAUUUAAAGCUGAACUCCAGGCAAACAG